ACAGGCAGGGAUGGAGCUGCGGGAGAGCUGUGUGUAGAUGCUGGAUGUGGAGGUGUGAGGAGCUGAGCCAGUGCGCAGGUGCCUGCAGGGGACUAAAGCCAACCUUGUAAAUGUAUGUUUUAUCCAUGAUGGCAGAGCAUCAUCCUCUUCCACUGGACAGCACUCAGCUGCUGACAACUGAGAUCCCUCUACUUCCAGCACCUAUGGUUAAUGGAGAAGGCGGCCAACAGGUUAUUCUGGUCCAGGUCAACCCAGGAGAAGCAUUUACAAUAAGACGAGAAGAUGGGCAGUUUCAGUGCAUUACAGGUCCUGCCCAGGUCCCUAUGAUGUCCCCAAAUGGUUCAGUUCCCCCAAUCUACGUGCCUCCAGGAUAUGCUCAGCAGGUGAUUGAAGACAAUGGUGUGAGGAGGGUUGUAGUGGUUCCACAGCCCCCAGAGUUCCACACAAGUGGUCAUGCUGUCAUACACCGGCCACCUCCGCCACUGCCAGGUUUUAUACCCCUUCCUGCUAUGAUGCCUCCUCCUCCUCGUCACAUUUACUCUCCUCUCAGUGCAGCAGGAGACAUGGCCUCUCAGUACACCCCGCAGUAUCACCCUUCACAGGUAUAUGGAGAUCUGGAUGCACUUUCUACACAUGGGAGGUCUGGUCUCAGAGAUGAAAGGUCCAGUAAAAUACAUGAACGCCUGCAGAAAAAGUUAAAAGACCGUCAUGGUGCUCAGAAGGACAAGCUGAACAGUCCCCCUUUCUCACCCAAGAAAAGCUCAUCUCCAGUCAACGAAUCUAAUGGAAUAAUCAAAGGACAGAAUAGUCUGGCUCUAAAUACGGGGCAGUCCAAGAAUAAACAGAAAGGGAAGAUUUCGCCCCAUGUAGAAGCAGAGUCGCAAGAAAAGGAUGAAGAAACAAAAGCAUUGGAAGCUCAACUCUCCAACAUUUCCAUGCCGGUGGUAUCAGACAUUCAAGCAAGAUCGGUGAUACUCACCUGGUCGCCACCUUCCAGCCUGAUCAGUGAGGACAGUGACGGGAGAAGCACCCCGGAACUUUACACCUAUGAAAUAUUGUUAUCAAGCAGUGGGAAGGAUGGGAAAUUCAAGGUUGCUUAUAGCGGAGAGAAGACCAGUGUCACUGUGGAUGAUUUGAGACCUGCUACAGAUUAUCAUGCCAGAGUGCAAGCAGAAUUAAACUGUGUUAAAGGAGACCCCUCAAUGGCUGUAAGCUUUACCACACUGAGCUGUGAACCUGAAACACCCAACGCUCCGCGGAUAACAAACCGAACCAAAAAUUCACUUUCCCUCCAAUGGAAGGUGUCAUGUGAUAAUGGUUCAAAGAUACACAGUUAUCUCCUGGAGUGGGAUGAAGGAAAAGGAAGUGAUGAGUUUUGCCAGUGUUACUAUGGGCUUCAGAAACAGUUUAGGGUAACCAAGUUGUCACCAGCGAUGGGGUACACAUUCAGACUUGCUGCAAAAAAUGACAUGGGUAUGAGUGGUUUUAGUGAAGAAGUCCUGUUUUACACCUCAGGCAGCGCUCCGACUGUUCCAGCAAGUCCAACACUUAUUAAAGCGGGAAUUAGUUGGUUAUCGGUGCAGUGGACUAAACCCUCAGGUACACCGUCCGAUGAAGGGAUUUCUUAUAUUUUGGAAAUGGAAGACGAAACCUCGGGCUAUGGGUUUAAGCCAAAAUAUAAUGGAGAUGACCUCACAUUCACAGUGAGAAACCUGAGGCGCAGCACAAAAUAUAGGUUCAGGGUUAUCGCUUAUAACUCAGAAGGAAAGAGCAGUCCAAGUGAGGUUGUGGAGUUUUUGACCUGUCCAGAUAAGCCAGGUCCACCGUCAAAGCCUACUGUUAAAGGAAAGGUCCACGCGCAAAGCAUCCGAAUAGUUUGGGAUGCACCAAAAGAUAACGGAGGAGCAACAAUUACUAAAUACGUUGUUGAAAUAUCAGAAGGACGCAAUGAAAGCAAGUGGGACAUUGUGUACAGCGGUACAGCACGGGAGCAUCUGUGUGACCACCUGAACCCAGGCUGCGCCUACCGGUUUCAUGUUUACUGUGUCAAUGAAAGCGGACAGAGCCCGUCUUCAGACACUCUGGUGGUGCAGACCCCAGCUGUAUUCCCUGGCCCUUGCCAGCCACCGAGACUCCAAGGAAGACCGCGGGCAAGAGAAGUGCAAUUACGAUGGGCGCCCCCUCUGGCAGAUGGGGGGUCUUCAGUCACCUGCUAUAACCUGGAGAUGACUACUUGUGAAGGUGAACAGAGAGAUGUAUACCAAGGAAGUGAAUUAGAGCACAUUGUGUGCGGCCUUCUCCCAGGGAAGGUGUACAGCUUCCGGAUACGUGCAGCUAACAAAACUGGGUUUGGACCAUUUUCUGAAAAGUGUGAAAUCACAACGGCACCAGGAGCACCCGAUCAGUGCAGACCCCCUCAGAUAACAUGCAGAUCUGCAACAUGUGCCCUAAUACACUGGGAGGCUCCAAACAACAACGGUGCAGAGAUAACGGAAUACAGGGUGGAGUGGGGCGGCAUGGAGGGCUGUAUGCAAAUCUGCUACUGUGGACCGGGUUUUACCUAUGAAAUGAAAGGCCUUUCGCCAGCCAUUGUCUACUACUGCAGGGUUCAGGCUGUGAAUGUUGCCGGUUCAGGCCUAUUUAGUGACGUUGUGGCGUGUCUGACUCCUGCUUCUGCACCGGCAGCAGUGACAAACCUCUGGGCAAUGAAGGAAGAUGAAGUAGACAGCCCACAUUACUCUCCUUCCACCUGCCUAGCUAUACAGUGGGAGAAACCAUGUGACCAUGGCUCAGAGAUUACUGGCUACAGUAUAGACUAUGGAGACAAGCAGACCAUCGUGGUGGGAAAGGCAGUGAGCUACAUUAUAGAACACUUACAGCCAGACACUACAUACAGAAUACGGGUUCAAGCCCUUAACAGUCUGGGAGCUGGUCCCUUCAACCAUUCUGUAAAACUGAAAACCAAACCCCUUCCCCCAGAACCACCCCGUCUGGAAUGUGCUGUGUACGGUCACCAGAGCCUUAAGCUGAAGUGGGGAGAUGGUGCGCCCAGAGCUAUUUCUACAGACUCCAUUCAGUAUCAGCUUCAGAUGGAGGACAAGAGCGAAAGGUUUAUAUCCGUAUACAGAGGACCAUGUCAUACAUACAAAGUGCAAAGACUGAACGAGUCCACGUCUUAUAAAUUCCGCAUUCAGGCAUGUAAUGAAGCCGGAGAGGGACCUUUUUCUCCAGAAUAUGUUUUUACAACUCCCAGAUCACUUCCUUCUGCCCUGAAAGCUCCACGAAUAGACCGGAUAAAUGAACACACCUGUGAAGUCACCUGGGAAUCUUUGCCUCCGAUGAAGGGCGAUCCAGUAAUCUACAUUCUACAGAUGAUGGUUGGAAAAGAUUCCGAUUUUAAACAGGCAUACAAGGGACCCAAUACUUUGCACCGAUGCUCUGCCCUCCAUUUAAACUGUGAAUAUCGAUUCCGUGUAUGUGCCAUUCGCCAGUGCCAAGAUGCUGCCGGACCUCAAGACUUAACGGGUCCUUACAGUGCCACAGUCCUCUUCAUCUCACAUAGGAUUGAGUCACAGACCAACACCAGCAAAGACAUUACUGAACCCACAAGGACAACACGGACGCUCAGUGACGAGCAGUGCGCUGCUGUCAUCCUUGUGCUCUUCGCUACCUUCUCCAUCCUAAUUGCCUUCAUUAUCCAAUACUUUGUCAUAAAGUGAAAGAAAAUCAUGUAGCUUUACCCUAAACCCCAUACUUUAUUUUUUUACUUUACAUCUUAUACAGAAGAAUAACUUUUUUUCGGUUCCCAAAUUGUCUUGCUUUUAAAGAAUGUGGUGGCAUCUAGUACAACAUCAAGACAACAGUAGUACGAUGUGUUGUCUCCUCUGUCACCCACAAUGCUUGUACCAUUAUAUGGUCCUAAAUAAUGAAGGCACAAGCUAGACAGACCUCGACUCUUUCUAAUGCUGUCUGGUGUGGGAUGCUUGCACACAUCCAACGCUCCUCCAUUGUUCCGCGAUUAAAUGAUUGAAUUUGUGCAAGGGUGAUACACAGGUGGAGAUAUAUCUAAGGGUGACCUUAAGUGCUGCAAAAUAAUAAAAUAUUGAAAGGGGGUGUUAGGAAAGUUGAUCUUUUCGUUAUACUUCUACCUCCACUGUGUCUUAAUUCUACCCUGCUGCAGCCCUUCCUGGGGUAGCAGGGUAAUAACUAAUCUGAAUACGGUCAUUCGUCUUUGGAGGUUCAACUCAGGCAGUAAAUUAAACUGGAAUUUAUAGAAUAGUAUAUCAGACUCCUCAAUAAAUUGUGAGAGAAAAAAUAGGAAAAAAAGCUUUUAAUUUUUGAAAGAUUUAUUAUAGAUAUAAAGGAUGGCACAACUGGUUGAAUUUACCUAAUAAAAACCUUCAGUAGAGAGAUAUAUAGAUAUGUAUAUGCCUUGCAGAUGUGAUAUAGGAGUUGUCCUUUUUAAUAUUAAGCAGGUUUAUGUUUACUUGCUUUUUAGUUUGAGGUGCCAGCAAGAGGAAGAGGCACCUUUUUUGAACAAAAGUGUUGUAGGGACUUUCUGCUGAGUGAAUUAGGUACUCCUAUAACAGGGAGAGGCAUUAGUGAAAAGUUUGGGAUAAAUGUAAUUUCUUUGGUAUUGUUGGAAGAUGACCUGCCACCAAGGAGAACAGGGAGCUUGUUUUUGGACUGUUGGAUUUCACUAAGGAGAUCACCAGGUAGCUAGGGAGCCUAUAAUAAAACUCUGGUGGACAGCGCUCUGCCUCUCCCAUCUGACUUCCCCGCUGUAGGUUGGCAUUCUCACUGGUGGUGUAGAGUUCUGCCAUAGAGCAAAGGGUGGUUCAAAACUAAAGCAUUGCUGAUCUACCUUCCAGGCCAUUAACAGGAUUUAGCUGUAUCUAGCUAAUAAUAAUAAUUAUAUAUAUAUAUAUAUAUAUAUAUAUAUAAUUAUUUUUUUCAAGUCCCUGUCCACUUAGUUCAUUGGUCCUAUUUAAUCAUUGAUAACAUUUACGGUAACUGGUGCAGAGAGGGCAAAAGGGUGAAUUUCACCAGCCAAUUCGAUGCUAACUGCCAUUUAUUUAGUUUACAAAAUAAAUGCAAACAUCUGGUUGCUAGGGGUACAGCUGGUUUUCCCUGCAGACCAGUUUUCAGAAAUGUUUACAAUUGUGUUUUAUGUAACAAACCCUAUGUUCUCUUGUGGCAUGACAGGCGACACCUACAGGCUGCAAGGAGAUAUUGCAUGCCUCCAAGGAAAAUACAGAUUCACCAGCCAAUAAAGGGAAGCAGAAAGACCCGACUAAACUUGUUUGUUUUUUUUCUUUAAUUUCAAAAACGUUCCACAUCACUUCUGCGCCUGGGCUCCCUAUGGCACAUAGUCUUAUGGUCUCCUUGGGGGGGUUUGAGGGUUAACACUUCAGAUUAUUCUUUAGAAAUUCAGGUAUGUCUCAGCACUUUCCUCUAAAUAAUAUAUAAAUAGACUGGUUACCACUAGUCUAACAGUCGUUCUGCCUUGAUGGCUGUCCUGCUCUACUUAUCACUGCUAAUCAUUUAGCAUAACCUUUUGCCUUGUCUUUCUGGUUUCUUUUACUUUUUUGUAUUGUAUUUUUUGUUAUAUCUGUCACCAAAAUCUAAAGGCAAAAUGUUGUACUUUGCACCAGAAAUCUUUUUUUUUAAGCUGCUUUAUUUCCUGGAGAUAAAAAUUAAUGUUUAAUGUGAUGUUUGUCCAGGAUCUGUACCAAAUUGCAUGUAGUCAGUGUUGCAUUGAAGCACUUUGCAGUUCUCGCCUGUUCUGUGAGCUCACGUAUGUCAGUUCUUGAACGACCAGAUUGAGUAUGGCAUUGAAUGCGUCUAUGCAGGGAGCAAUGAACUGCCAGCUUACACAAAACGUAUUCUCUAUUUUAGGAAAACAGAAUCUUCUUGUGCUUACUAUGUUCCUGCACACAUUUUCAUAGUUUUCUUUCAUUUUAUUUAAUACAUUUGUCAAAACGUAGUCAAUCACUAAUGUUCUAUUUUUUUUGGGAUUAGCAUUUUAAUUACAAAAAGCACUUCUAUCAGUUUAACAAAGCGGUUGUGUAGUGCUAUGAAGGUCUUUUCAAGAAAUCUUUCUACAGUAGUAAUGGGCAUGUAUUGUAAUUGUUUGUGUCAAAUAAUGUAUUUGUAGAUUUUCUUUUUGUUUUUUGUUACAGCAGAUGUUUAAACUUAGGUCGUCUUAGUGGUAACAAUGCUCUGUCCUUUUGAAUUGUGACGUGUUUACUUUUUUUUUUUUUACUUUAUUAUUCUUUGUCUUUUUAUGUAUCAGUUAAUAUGUUCUGACAGAAAAAUUCUAUGAUAUGAUAUGAAUAUAUUUUUUUCUAGAGCCUUCUGUAUGUGCCAUGUUCGCCCAGUAUAAAUGAGUUUGUGUGUAUUUGCCCAGAAAUUUCCACACGGUUGAAUGUUUAAAGUUAGCGUCACGCCGGAGAUAAUCCGUAAGUGACCUGUUUUUUCAUAGCAAAAUUCAAGAUGAAUUCCUAUUUUUGAUAGUAAAUGUCAUUUAAUAGCGUAUUUGCCACUGAGUCUUGAUGCAGAUUUCUGCAGUGAAAAGGUAAUUUAAAAAAAUUUUAAAAAACAAAAAACAAUUUUUAAGGUAACCUUAAUUUUACCUCAUACACUGUACAUUCCAAAAAGAAAAAAAAAACGCUAAACUUUUUAAAAUCUUACAGGUACACUACCAAACAUAUCAAUUCUACAAUGUCGACCUUCAUGAAAAGGGGGGGGGGAUGUAAUCACGUAAAAAUAUACAUAAACUAUGUAGCAAAAUUCUAUAAGAUCCGUGGAAAAUAAAAGUUGUAUCAUUCUU